AUGGAAGCGGGUGGCCAUGUCUAUUCUGUUGCCGUAUCCCAGGAUGGCCGGUGGAUCGUGUCCGGAGACGGCGGAAAGAAGGCGACUCUCUGGAAUGCAGCUACUCAUGAAAAAGUGCGCGAGUUCACAGAACACAGUGACAGUGUAUUUGGGGUCGAUGUCUCGAGCGACGGUACUAAACUUGCCACUGCGGACAAGAGCAAUGUCCAGAUAUUCAGCAUCCCUUCCGGUGACCGAAUCCAUCGCCUCGAACACUUUUCCACACAAGGUUUCCGUGUCUACAGCACCGACAAUGGCAACGUUUUGUUCAAUUCAGGUGCAAGCGGUUGCGUCGGCGAUGAUUUCGUCACUCCGUUGGCCUGGUCCCCCAAUGGACAGCAACUGUUCGUCGCGAACAAAGGCAAAAUCAUCUGUUACAACCUUUCCAAGUCCUUAUCUUUGGAAUGGUCGAUCCAUGAAAACCAAACCCAACCAUCUAUAGCAUGUAAUGGCAGAUUCAUUGCAUGUGCUGCAGGUUCAUUGGUUUCGCUAUGGCAUCGUGUGUCCCACAAGCAGAUUGGUGGCAUUAUCUCACGCAUCGCGAAGGUCGAAUGCGUCGCUCUCUCACCAAGCGGGCGGUAUCUCGCAUGUGGAAAUGGCAAGAAUAUUACAUUUCAUGAUCUCAGAGAUGUCCUUUCACUCGACUAUUUCAACCAUGGCCUUCCGCUCGUAGAAAUGGACCCCACGGCCUUCCAGUCAUGGAUGCGGGAUGACCCGACGCAAACCGAGAAGCUACUCUCAGGGGAGAUUGUGACUGCUUCAAGCCCUAGCCACUACAUUCUGGCGAACCGCGCACUUAUACAAACACGAUUGAAACAUUUGGCACCUGCGAUAGAGGACGCCAAAGAGUCCCUCCGGGUUCAGCGAUCACCUGUAGGCCAUAUCGUGAUGGCCCUUGCCCUCCUUGGGCAGGGCGAUUGGGAGGGUGCGCGAUGUACGUUCGACCUUGCAUUUCAUGAUUGUGAGCUGCAUGACCACAGAAUUCUCUUACUAUUGAAGGCGAUCCUUGUGUUUGAAUGUGGAUAUCAAGAUGAAGGGAUAAUGCGUGCGGAGCAUCUUGCUACCAUAGCGGGCGAGGACAACGAUGACAAUGGCACCUACCUUUAUACUCAGGUCAUUGCCGUUAUGUACAUAAAGAAAGGGGUUUAUAGACGUGCGAUAUCACUGAUUGAGCACGCGAAGCGCCUGCCCCCCAAGGUCGAAUGGUGGCCUUCGCUAGUGACGAUCUUGCUCAUAUCCGGGUGGAGUUUUAACGGAUUGGAUAUCGCUGCUCAGCAACAUCUAUGUGAAACCCUUUAUGCUGAAGAACGUGCAGCCGAAGCUACGGAGAUCCUCCUCAAUAUCAUCCGGACAGCAGACAAGGAGAGAGACGUAAUUCCGGGUUGGAUCUCAGACUUCACCCGAAAAUGUGCUGCCACGCUUGAGCAUGCUGGCGACAGUGCUUUCGGAUCUUCAAAACACGACGAAGCAAUAGCACAGUACUCUGCUGCGUUGUCCCUCAGUCCUCAAAGUCCCACAAGUCUGCUCAUCAAACGGAGCAGAGCUCAAGCUGCGAAAGAGUUGUGGGAGGAUGCACUGCAGGACGCGAAUGAGGCGGUGAAUGCGGAUCCCUCCGGCCCUUGGGGCUACGAGGCCAAGCACGUGGCGCUUCAUGGCACGAAGCAUCCAUGCUACACAGGAAUGGGACAGUCCCAUGACCCCGCAAUCAUCCAACUCCGUAAGACCUACAUUUCACCAUCCGACACGAUUGUGGCAAUCGGUUCUGUCGUCAGCGAGAUCUGUCGUCCUCUUGUCGUCAUUGAUGUCACUACUGGUUACCUUUGCGGCGAGACUGAGCGGAUGAGUAUUUUCAAGGCUGAUCCGAGCUUCAAAGAACUUGUUUCAUCCAUGACGAAAAAUGUGGAUAAGACGCUGAUCCGACCUGUGGUCGAAAGGUUUUUCGGAUACGUCAUGUUCUCGCACGCAUGGCAGGGGACGGAGCCGUCGUUCCAGGAUGUCAAGCUAGUCAAAUCCGUGUGGAACCUCCCGGACACACCCCUGAAUAACAAGUUGCGUAAUUUCUGCCAGGAAACGCGCAGGCUUGGUUACCGUUGGGCGUGGUCCGAUACGUGUUGUAUCGACAAGCUUAACAGUUCUAUCCUCAACGAAUCCCUUACUUCAAUGUACAGAUGGUAUGCGAAUUCGGCAGCCACACUUGUGUUCCUUGCUGGCAUAGCGCAUCCGUCCAAACCUGGGAACCUUACAUGUAGUAAAUGGAUGACCCGAGCUUGGACAUUGCAAGAGCUUCUCUCACCAAACGUCAUCUGUUUCUAUGACUCCGAGUGGAAACCAUACCUCGGUGAUAUUGGCAUGAACCACAAGCAAUCCCCGACGAUCUUGGGGUUCGCGAAAAACUUCGUCUCGCUUCUACACGCAAUGCGACUAAAGGAGGAAGACAUCGCAUACUCUCUGAUCGGGAUAUUCAAGUCUGAUAUCAGGCCCCAUUAUGGCGAACAAUCCGACGCUCUUGGACACCUCCUGGAGGAGAUCGUGGCUCGCACCGGCGAAGGCACCGUACUUGCUUGGUCAGGGUCGUCAUCGUCGUACAACAGCUGUCUCCCGGCUUCCGUUUCCGUCUACAGCCAAAUUCCUUACACCCCUCCGUCACUCGAAGGAGAAGAAAAGGAAACACGCAUCACAAAAUUACGUGGGAAGUUACCCCAGGAAGUUGUCCUAAGUAUUUACAAUCAAAUCAACUUUCUUCCGCCUGCGCGUUUUGGUACCCGACGUCUACAUCCUCCAUGCGUCAUCUUCCCUGUCAGAAAACUGGAGCUACGCAGUGGCAGUGAGAAGCUGCAUCGUGCCAGGGUAUCAGGGCUUGGAAAAGUGGAGUUCUCGACUGCCGACGAUCUCCCGCUGCAUGAGGCACAAACAUUUAUCCUCGUACAUCCGUGGAUUGAUCAUAUCCGAGGUCCCGACAGUGUGAUUGCCUGGGGAGAUGACGCGGAGUCUGAUGCUGACACCAACUGCGAUUCGGAUCACGACAUUGAGUCGGAUGGAGAUGGGCCGUCUUCGCCGUUACACGCUAUCCCCCCUGAAGUUCACGGCUAUACCCGAGCACUGCAAGUGAUUGCUCGCCUCGGACAGCCGUUCAGCGCGUUGCUGCUCCUACAGCAGCCAAAGGGAGAGUACAGGAGGGUUGCCACAGAGGAAGAGAUUGUCAUUUCAGGACUUGGAACCAACAUCACACCCACGAACAUUCGGGUGGGGGUGUUAGAAAUCCUUUGACGUGUAUAUGGGGAAUUGCUGGUCGUUAAAGUUGGUCUGUCUUUCUUCCUUUAGCGGUCAUUUUUGUAUUCGUAUCUUCGUGCUGUUUUCGUGGUGUUUUCUCGUCGUCCUCAUCAUACCCCUCCCCAUGUCCUCAUAUCUGUUAUUUAUAUGUAGAUACGCAUGAUCAGCCAAUGUACUGACACGAUAUAUUCAUCUGAUACGUAUUCCACAACAAUCCCGACAAUUCGUUGUCCAGAACUCUUUGGAAUAUGUGGUUUGUUCUGCUACUUAACCGGUCAUAUUCGUGUUCUUUUAUGACUGUCAGGCGCCACCGAACGUGGGGGAAAUGGGGAGUCGGCUGUUGCAUGGCACGUUCGCAAAUUCCGAACGUUACAUGAGUUAAGGUUGAUAACACCUCCGUAACCCGAGGGACCCG